ACGGGAAAACCAAAGGGCUAUUGCUUCUGUGAGUACCAAGACCAGGAGACGGCGCUCAGCGCCAUGCGGAACCUGAACGGGCGAGAGUUCAGCGGGAGGGCUCUGCGCGUCGACAACGCGGCCAGUGAGAAGAACAAGGAGGAGCUGAAGAGCUUGGGCACAGGCGCGCCCAUCAUAGAGUCACCCUACGGGGACCCUGUCAAUCCAGAAGACGCCCCCGAGUCCAUCAGCCGGGCCGUAGCCAGCCCGCCCCCCGAGCAGAGCUCUGAUCUGUGUGUGUCUUCUCAGUUGUGUGUCCAGAACAGCCCCCAGGAAGCCAGGAACAUGCUGCUCCAGAACCCCCAGCUGGCUUACGCCCUGCUGCAGGCCCAGGUGGUCAUGAGGAUUGUCGACCCGGAGAUCGCGCUGAAAAUCCUGCAUCGCCAGACCAGCGUUCCUCCUCUGAUCCCAGGCAACCAGCAGCCACUGGGACCUGCCUGCCCGGGCGAUGGGGCUUCUCUGAGGUCCGGUUUCUCCUCUGGUCAGGGUGGGAUGCACGUGAACGGCGCUCCUCCUCUGAUGCAGCCGCCCAUGCAGGGAGGAGUACCGGCCCCAGGACAGAUGGCAGCGCCUGUGCAGGGCCCAGGCCCCGGCCCUCUGGCUCCAGGAGGUGGGAUGCAGCCGCAGGUUGGGAUGCCGGGCGGAGGGCCUGUCCCCUUGGAGCGUGGACAAGGGAACCUGCAGCUCUCGCCCGUGGGACCUGCCAGGCCUGCGUCUAUCGAACGCGUCCAAGUGCCCAUGCCAGACCCGAGGGCCCCUAUGCAGCGCGGACCUCUACCUGCUAGUGGCCCGCCGCCCCGAGGCCUUUUGGGAGAUGCCCCGAAUGACCCUCGCGGAGGGACCCUGCUCUCAGUCACUGGAGAAGUGGAGCCCAGGUGA